ACAGUAAAUUAUUUAGAAAAGUCUUAAAAAAGAGAAAUUGAGUACCGGGAAGAAUGAAAUCAAUAACUGAGUACCGACGGGAGACGGCCAAGUUUUUCAUGCAUGUGAACCCAGUAGCGCUCUCUCAGAAUGUGAUUAGCAAAUAGCAAUACCUUUAACCAUAAUAAAACUGGCGUACAGAGAUCUAGCUAUUCCUCUUCAAUUCAAUCAUAAACCCUCAUUGAAUCUUUCUCUCUUCCACAAUCUUCCUCUUUUCACCCUCAACUGUCUUUUUCAUAGUAUUAUUCUAUAAGAAUGCUCUUUCGUUUUCCCAGAUCCUUCACUUGGAUUCUCGAUCUGUACUGUUUUAGACAACGCCCCAUUGUUUCCAUCAUUCUCACAACCCCAUUUCACUCCUCUCAAUCUCCUUCUUCCCCAACUUAUUAAUUUUAGUGAAACAAUUUUUAAAACAAUUUCUCAAUUUUUAGAACUAAUUUUUGAUUCUAGCUUCUAAGAUAAGAUACAUAUAUAAUGAGGCGGAGAUAUCCCAGUUUUGGACGGCAGCAAAGACGGCGAUACUCGAAUCUUAUAUGGGUUGCGUUGUGUGGAUUGGUAGUUGUAUUGUUUUUCAUUGUUCUUCUCAGCAAAGAUAGCCAACCCAUGUCAAGACCUGCUUUGGCAAAGAAGUCUUAUAGGCAAGAUAAAAUUUUAGAAGGCCUUAAUGUUACAGAGGAGAUGUUGAGCCCAACUUCGCUUACAAGGCAGCUUAGUGAUCAAAUUGCUUUAGCUAAAUCUCUUGUUGUGAUAGCUAAAGAAAGCAACAACCUUCAGUUUGCAUGGGAGCUGAGUGCUCAGAUUCGCAACUCGCAGAUCCUCCUUUCUAAUGCUGCCACGAGACGGAGUCCAUUGACAAUUAGUGAGUCAGAAACUGCAAUUAAGGACAUGGCACUUCUGCUCUACCAAGCUCAGCAACUUCACUAUGACAGUGCUACCAUGAUUAUGAGAUUAAAGGCCAAAAUCCAGUCUCUUGAAGAACAAAUGAGUACAGUGAGUGAUAAGAGUUCGAAAUAUGGGCAAAUUGCUGCUGAGGAAGUCCCGAAAAGCCUCUAUUGUCUUGGUGUUAGGCUGGCAACGGAAUGGUUUAGAAAUCCGAGUGUACAAAGAAAGCUUGCUGAGAGAAAAGUAAGUGUUUGGAAACUCGCAGAUAGCAGCCUUUAUCAUUUUUGUAUCUUCUCUGAUAACAUCCUUGCAACGUCAGUAGUCAUAAAUUCUACUGCAGUGAACUCGAAACAUCCAGAAAAGGUCGUUUUCCACCUUGUAACUGAUGAGGUGAACUAUGCACCUAUGAAGGCCUGGUUUUCAAUGAACGACUUCCGUGGAGUUACAGUUGAGGUUCAAAAGAUUGAGGAAUUCAGUUGGCUUAAUGCUUCCUACGUCCCAGUUCUUAAGCAGCUCCAAGAUUCAGACACUAAAAACUAUUAUUUCUCAGGCAACAAUGAUGAUAACAAAACACCAAUAAAGUUCCGGAACCCUAAGUACCUUUCAAUGCUGAACCAUCUCAGGUUCUAUAUCCCAGAAGUGUAUCCAGCAUUGAAGAAGGUUGUUUUCCUUGAUGAUGACGUUGUAGUCCAGAAGGAUAUCUCUCCUCUGUUCUCCAUCGAUCUUAAUGGCAAUGUAAAUGGUGCAGUUGAGACAUGUAUGGAAACAUUUCAUCGGUAUCACAAGUACUUGAAUUAUUCUCACCCUCUAAUACGAUCACAUUUUGACCCUGAUGCAUGUGGGUGGGCUUUUGGCAUGAAUGUCUUUGACCUGGUAGAAUGGAGGAAAAGAAACGUCACUGGAAUCUAUCACUAUUGGCAGGAAAAGAACAUAGACCGGACUCUUUGGAAAUUAGGGACUCUUCCACCUGGUUUGCUUACUUUUUAUGGGUUGACGGAGCCAUUAGAUCCCUCAUGGCACAUCUUGGGGUUGGGAUACACGAAUGUAGACCCCAAGUUGAUAGGGAAGGGGGCUGUACUGCAUUACAAUGGGAACUCAAAGCCGUGGUUGAAGAUUGGCAUCGAGAAGUACAAACCUCUGUGGGAAAAAUAUGUUGAUUAUGAUCAUCCUAUACUCCAACACUGUAACGUUCACUGAUCUGGAAAAGGUGUUGACUUUCUUGAUCUCCCUUCCCAAUUCAUCAGAUUCAGGGUGUAUAUGAGACCAUAGAUUUUGUAAUGCAAGAGUUGCUUUGCUAGGUUCAUUUUGGGUUGAGAUCAUAUGUCUCAACUAUCGUCUCAUCUUGUGUCCCACUUCAUUAUGGCUCAAACACAUCACGGCUUAGUAUCAGAUAUUAAAUGGUAGUGGUCAGUAAAUGAGGGGCUUACUUUUAGACAGUGAAGACACAAAAUGAGACAAGCAAUGAGAGAGAAUAUAUUAAAUUUCUACUUCUUGCAGAUUUGUGCUAGUAGCAACUAGCAACCUUCAUCUGGUCUACUUGUAUAACUGAUGAAUGAUGUAUGCACAAUUUUUUGGACAGUAUAACUCUUUGGGCCUUAGACAUUGUUAUUUUGAAACCUUCAUAAAUUAUGUAACUACGAUUUAUUGUAUUUCAAUAUUAGUUUCUAGUUUCAUGCGA